AUGUCUAGCUGCGGAGGAAACUGUAACUGUAGCGGUUCAUGCAAGUGUGGUAACGGAUGCGGGAUGUACCCUGACUUAGGCGAAACCACCUCAACUGCGGCCAUCGUGGUUGGCGUAACCCCUCUUAAGAUGAACACUGAGGGUUCAGAGACAAACUCUGGAACAGAAGGAAGCCAUGGCUGUAGCUGUGGAUCCAGCUGCAGGUGCAACCCCUGCAACUGUUGAUCAUCAUCAUCACGGUUCAUCAUUAUCAUAUCAUCAUCAUGUGUGACUAAGAAUUAUGUUUUUUUUUUUAAAUAAAACAGACAUGAGAUAUUGAGAUGAGUCAGGUAUCCUCUUGUGAUUCUAAGCUCUCUCUUUGUUACUCAUCUUCCCUAUCUGGAUUGAUUGUAUAAAACAAUUGUAUAUAUGGUAUGUUAUAAUAAUAUAUUCAGCUUGUGAAAUUAUCUUAUGGUAAAAAUGAAAUGAAAUUUUGUGAACAUAAAAGU